AUGCCACAUUUUCUCGAUCGAGUUCGAACAGUCCUCCGGAGAAGCAAACGGAGCUCGAUCUCCGUGGGACCAAAGGAGUCAAUAUGGGAAAGACUUCCAUCUGACGUCUUUGUCGCGAUCGCAGCCACCUGCAAUCUAAAGGACAUUGGCUCCUUGUCACUUACCUGUCGUUUACUGCACGAUCGGGUUGCCAAGUUGGAAUUUGCUAUAGCUUGGGCAUACAUUCAACUUCGCAAGCAAAAGGGCCAUCACGAUCAGUACAUCUAUGGAGGUUUGUCACCUGGAGAUGACAUUCACUUUAUCUCUGAGCUGUUCCCUCCACCACCGCCAGAAUACAGCACUGGUAUGGAUCAUGAUAACGCGGGAUAUUCUCUUGGCUAUCUUGGUGAUUUGCAUCGUUGUUGGAAAACGUGUCUUCGACUGUCUUACCAUUUGGCCGACCACGUGGUCGAGCAUCAUCUAGAGACUGAUCCAUUAGCUCAGCCUUUGUGGUCCUCGUCCAAGACAGAGAAGGAAGUUGUCUACAGCAAAGCUGUGGCAUCGCUCCAAGCCAAGCUUUUGCAUCCGAUAGCAUACGCUAUAUUCUUCCUUGAGUCCUCUGCCUCGUCUUCUGAUGAUCCUGAUCAUCACCACCAUCAUCCUCACAGCCUGGCCUCAUCGGUUCGGAGGCAACGAACACACGUCAAGGUCAAAUGCGAUCGCCUAGAUCCUUGCAUGAACUGCGUCGACGCAGGCGCAGAAUGUCUCCGUCAACGCCAGGCACGAGUUCAUAGACCACGAGUCUCUCGGAUCGAGGCAUUGUCUGAGAGACUAGCAAAGCUCGAAGAGUCAAGUGGUAAAGACCUACCAAACUUCCCAGCAAGCAACCAUGCUGCUAGCAGCGCAUCUUCAUCACCUCGAACCAAUCCUAUGGGUGUCACCGAGGUUACUUCCAACAGAACUUCAGAGCCAGCAAACGGUAGAAAGAAGCGAUAUGUACCAUAUGAUUCGCAAGAGAUAGCUCAAUUCGCGCCACCAGCAAACAAACGCCGCAAAUCACAAAGUGUGUUACAGCAAAAGACUCACCAUGAGACACAUUCUCCUGGGUCAACACACCAUGCCAGCGAAGCUAGAGAGUAUAUUGAGCAUGAGCUACAAUGUAAUCCAGCUCUAUCAAAAGACCGGCGCACCGCACUCGAAUCAGCGCAGAAAUUCGUCGGCCAGCUGUCAAACCCGACACUGCAUUGGGAAGAGACAGGGGCUAUGGAUGAUAUGACCAUUGAAGAAAAUAUAGAAGAGCCAGUUCUCACCCCGGAGUUGCUCUACAUGAUGCUACCAGGGCCUGACAAGAAGACGACCUCCCAGGGAACAGUUUCCUGGCCUGAUCACAUCUCCGAUAAAACCCUGGAGCGUAUGGGACUUGCUAUCAUUGAAGGAAAUGAAUGCGAGCAAGUACUCCAACAUUAUCGAAUCAAUGUCUGGAUCAAGGCCAUGGGUGUAAUAUCGAAAUUGGCCCCUUUGAUCGCGAGUGAGGCUUUGAAAGUUCAUUUUCGAAAAUUGAAGAAGCGGUAUGAAGCAGCUGCACUGGAAAUGCUGAAUCAAAUUCCCCUGGCAGCUGCGCCUAGUCUUCUCUUGCUUCAGUCGUUGAUGUCUGCAACACGCUUGAUGCAGUAUCUGGGAGACAUGUCACGCUGCUGGAUGUUCACGGCAUUGGCUUCACGGGUCAUUGUCUCUCUCAACUACCACAACAUCACUGAUCCUAAUCCUCGAAGCGACAUUGAAGAAAGUGUUCAUGCUUGUGUGUACACAUGCUACUAUUUCGACAAAACUCUCAGCUUGCUGCUACUCCGGCCGCCAACAUUGCCAGAUCUCAAAGUUAAGGCAACGGAGCUGAUCCAUAUUGAUCCGGAUCUACCGACAUUCGCUAUGAUCACGGGAAUAGUUGAAUAUGCAGAGUUGAAAAACGCUUUACUGGGUGUACUUCUUGAUACCAAGGCGAUAGAGGACAGCGAAAAGGCCAAUAUACUCUCUGACCUGGUAGCCCGCGCACAUACAAUUCACUCUAAUAUGCAAAUGUUUCGCCGUCUCCAAGAAGAAGAAUUCUCACAAUCAUGGGGUAACCUGCGUCGUGAAUGGCUAUCAAUGGACUUCAAUUACUAUUCAGUGUUGACAACAAUCAUCCAAGCACGCUCCUCAGUGUUGAAAUCCCGCCUGGUAGCGCUACAGGAAGCCUUUUCGAGCCAGGUUAACACUAUUGACUCUUAUCCAUAUUUUCUUACCUGGACAAUGUUACUAUUCCCUCUAGCGCCCUUCUUCGUCCUAUUCUGCAAUGUGAUCGCAACAUCAAACGAGAAAGACUUUACAAUGAUCAAGACUAUUACCGAUGACCUACACCAAUUCGCCGAGGCGAAUGCUUCCAUUGGGAAGUUAUACAAGCUCUUCGCCAAGUUCCUUGAUUUGUGUGCGCCGCUUAUCAAAAGAAAUCUUGAACGAGCUCGCUCCGGGCAGCCAGCUGUUGCGGAGAAUGUAGCUGGCAUGUCCGAGGAACACCAGUUCGAGACUCAAGAUGAUGCAUUUGGCCGCGCUGCUGCUGAGGCUAUGGUCGAUCUUCAGUCUGCCAAUGUCACUGGGGUGCCACCUAAUGCUCCGAGGUCCGAAGGGUGGGAUGAUAGUCUUGUUUGGGAGUUGUUUAAUAACCAGCCCUCGUUGGGAUGGGCGGAGUCUGAGCUGUGGGACGUGAUGGCGCAGUUUGAUGGAUAA